AUGUCGAACAACGCCGCGCUUAUCGAGCGCAUCUCGGCCUUCGUAGCAAACCACAUGGCAGGCCAUGACCCCUCGCAUAAUGCUCGCCACGUCUCCCGUGUCGUCAGACUAGCUCAAACAAUUCUCGCCAAAGAAAAAGCCCGCGAUGUCUCUAUUGCAUAUGAUGAAACGGUAGUCACUCUCGCCGCGUGGAUGCAUGAUAUAGCGGAUAGGAAAUAUCUCCCUAAACCUACCGAUGGUGGUGAACAGGCAGAACCCCGUGUAGCUCAAAGGGUGCAGAAGAUAGUUUCGCACGUCUCGUAUUCGACUGAGAUAAAGGAUCCAAGCGUUGUUCAACAUCUCAUCAGCUCUGAAGGCGGGUAUCCCGAGCUCGCUAUUGUGCAGGAUGCGGAUCGUCUAGAUGCAAUCGGUGCAGUAGGGAUAGCGCGCUGCUUUACCUAUCUUGGUGCUAAGUCCAAGGCCCCAAGCAAGGAUGGACCCGAGCCAGACCUGGGCGAUGCGAUUGAGCAUUUUGAAGAGAAGCUGGUUAAGCUUGAGGGGAUGAUGAAGACUGUUACUGGGCGAGAGAUGGCGAGGGAGAGGGCUUUCAGGAUCAAAGAGUUUCAGCGCUGGUGGGCUGAUGAGACUGGUCUUGAUAAUUAG